AUGGCUGAAAUCAUCGGUGCCGGACACCUCGCGCCCAUCCCGGAUGACCUCACCAUCGUACAGUUCAUGCUGGAUCACCAGCACUCGACGCGCCCGGUGCCGCCAUCUCACAGACCCUGGUUCAUUGAGGAUGAGAGCGGAAGGAAGGUUGAAUUUGACGAGGUCAAGUUCCGCACAAACGCAUUAGCCAACGCUUUCCAUCUCAAAUGGAAGCUCGGCGAAGAUGACGUAGUCUGCAUUUACAGUCCAAACCAUGUUGACUACCCAAUCACAAUUUGGGCCGCUUUCCGCCUCGGUGUCACCAUCACUGCUGCGAACCCUUCGUACACCGCCGAUGAGCUUGUGCACACGCUGACGACUACCAAGGCGAAGCUGCUCGUCGUCCACCCCUGGAACCUGAGCGUCGCGCUCGAGGCUGCCAAGAUUGCGAAGCUCCCAGCAGACCGGAUUGUCCUCCUCGAGCCGCUGCCAGAGAAGGAGAAGGCAGCUGGGGCGCGCUUCACGACGGUCCCACAGCUCAUUGCGGAAGGCGCAAAGGCAAAGAAGGCCUUCACUGAGAGGAAGCUGAAGAAGGGUGAGGGCAAGACAAAGCUGGCGUUCUUGAGCUUCUCGAGUGGUACGACUGGGCUGCCCAAGGCCGUGAAAAUACCGCACUAUAGCUUGAUCGCGAACGUUGUCCAAAUCGCGUCUUACUCUCAGGCGGACACUCGUCCAACUGAGCAGCGCAAGAUAAAGUCUGGAGAUAUCGCCAUCGCUGUGUUGCCGUUCUACCACAUAUAUGGCAUUGUCGUCAUCAUGCACUUCCAGACAUACUACGGAAUAUCCGUAGUCGUCACGCCGAAGUUUGACUUCCUCCAGUUCCUGAACAGCAUCCAGCGCCAUCGUAUCAACUUCUUGCCGGUCGUACCGCCGAUGAUCGUCGCUCUGUGCAAGCACCCUGCCGUCAAGAAGUUCGACCUCAGCAGCAUGCGCUUCAUCGCAAGCGGCGCGGCGCCCUUGUCCGCUGAGCUCACCAACCAACUCGCGAAGCUCUUCCCCAAAGUGCAAAUCGGCCAGGGCUAUGGUAUGACGGAGACGAGCACGGCGAUCUCGUUCCCGCAGCUUGAGCAGCACGUCUGCACACCCGGUAGCGCCGGCAGGCUCCUGCCCGGCGUCGUCGUCAAGGUCGUACGCCCAGACGGGACACUCGCUCCCCGUGGCGAGACAGGCGAGCUUGUCGUCAAGAGCCCGUCGAACGCGAUUGGGUAUCUCAACAACGACAAAGCCACGAAGGAAACGUUCAAGGACGGGUGGGUCUCUACCGGCGACGAGGUGUACGUGAAUGACGUGAACGAGCUGUUCGUCGUCGACCGCAUCAAGGAUUUGAUCAAGGUCAGGGGCUUCCAAGUCGCACCGCCAGAGCUAGAGGGCCACAUCCUUGAGCUCAAGGAUGUGUCCGACGUGUCCGUCGUAGGCAAGCCGGACGAGUACAGCGGCGAGGUGCCGUAUGCGUUUGUCGUCCCCAGCGCCGACGCGCUCGAGCGGAUCAAGAAGGACCCCGCGGAAGGCGAGAAGAUCAAGGCCGCGAUCGUCAAGCACGUCGCAGACAACAAGGUGAACUUCAAGCGUCUCACGGGCGGCGUCGAGUUCAUCGACGUGAUACCCCGCAACCCGAGUGGGAAGCUCCUGCGCCGGGUGCUGCGCGAUCGUUUGCGCGCUCAGCUGGCGGUGCAGGCUAAGCUGUAA